AUGCCUCAAGUUAAUCACAAAGAGAUCGAAAAAGUCAAAGAACAGCGAUUGGUAGAAGCUAGACAAAUGGCUUUCAGUCGAGAAGUGGAAGUUAUCGAUAUUGAAAAUGCUGUACUGAGUGACACGAUAAACAUCCCCGAAAUUGAAAAUGAAGUUUUGAGAUAUUGGGGUGAAAUUUCUGCUUUUGAGCAGCAGUUAGAAAAAACGAAGGACUAUCCUCGAUAUGUGUUCUUUGACGGGCCUCCUUUUGCCACAGGGUUGCCACACUACGGUCACAUCUUGGCCGGAAUCAUCAAAGACACUAUGACUCGAUACGCAAGUCAAACAGGGCAUUUUGUUCCGCGAAAGUUUGGCUGGGAUUGUCACGGUUUACCGGUGGAAUACGAAAUCGACAAACAAUUAGAAAUAAAAAACCGACUGGACAUCAUUAACAAGAUAGGUAUCGCCAACUACAAUGAACAAUGUAGAUCCAUUGUCAUGCGGUACCGUAGCGAAUGGGUCAAAACUGUCAAGCGAAUGGGAAGAUGGAUUGAUUUUGAAAACGACUAUAAAACACUGGAUAUGUCUUUCAUGGAAAGCGUCUGGUGGGUGUUUAAGCAGCUAUAUGAUAAGAACCUCGUUUACACAGACUACAAAGUCAUGCCGUAUUCCACGGUAUGUUGUACGCCUCUUAGCAACUUUGAAGCCUCCCAAAACUACAAGGAUAUCUCAGACCCUGCAAUCACCGUUGCUUUCCGAAUUGAACCGAAGAUUAGUCCGGCUGAAACUGAGUUGAUUGCAUGGACCACUACGCCUUGGACUUUGCCAGCUAACGUAGCUUUAUGCUUGAAUCCAGAAUUUGACUACUCUCUCGUGCUAAUAAAAUCAGGGCCAUUUGAAAACAGAAUGUUCUGGAUUUUAGGUUCGCUUGUGAACAAGUUUUUGAAAGAUCUGAGAUUAGUAAAGAAGAACGAAAAAGAUGCAAUCAUUCCGUCUGUAGCUGAGGUUCUUGUAAGUGGUGUAAAAGGAAUCGAGUUUGAAGGAUUGUAUUACGAGAUGUUGUUUGAUUAUUUUUCUAGCUCGGAACAGUGGAAAAACAGGAUAGGAAAGGUCAUUGUGGAUUCUUACGUCACAGACACCGCCGGUACUGGUAUAGUCCACAACGCCCCUGCGUUUGGAGAAGAUGAUGCACGCGUAUGUUUGCUAAAAGGCGUCACAAAGAAAGGUGAAGCUUCGCCAUGCCACGUCGACGAAAGCGGUUGCUUUACAGCUCCGAUCACCGAUGAAAUGUUUGGAAUGUAUUUUAGAGACACAAACAAAACCAUAAAGAACAUAAUUAAGAAACUAAAUAGAUUAAUUCUCAAUGAAAGCAUUGUCCACUCGUGUCCACACUGUUGGAGGUCUGAUUCUGUACUAAUGUACAAAGCGGUAUCUUCGUGGUUUGUGGACGUGGCUAAAGUUCGAGACACUAUGAUCCUCAACAACGGCCAAACUCACUGGGUUCCUAAAAACAUCCAGGACAAGCGAUUUCAUAACUGGAUUAGUGACGCCAAAGAUUGGUGCAUCAGCAGAAACCGUUUCUGGGGAACUCCGAUUCCCCUGUGGAUCAGUCAGGACAAAAAAAUCAAGGUCGUUAUUUCCUCCGUCGAAGAGCUGCAAAAACAUACUAACAAAAAAAUAACUGACAUUCACAGACACUUUAUUGAUGAAAUCACCAUAAAGGAUCCCAGAGGAGACGAAUAUCCGCCACUAAAACGAAUUGAAGAAGUAUUUGACUGUUGGUUCGAAAGUGGUUCAAUGCCCUACGCACAAUGUCACUACCCGUUUGAGAAUCAAGAACUUUUCAAGAAGACUUUCCCAGCUGAUUUCAUUGGCGAAGGGUUAGACCAAACUCGUGGUUGGUUCUACACACUAUCUAUCAUUGGGGCCGCCUUGUUUGCUUACAAUUUAUAUAAUGCUUGCUCGAAACUAACAAAAUUUUUUGAAGAAUUAACCAACUGGUACGUUCGCUUCAACAGAGAUCGAAUGCGCGGAAAAAUAGAUAUAAAACAAGCUUUGUUGUCUCUUAAUAUACUAUUUUAUGUGAUAUUUUACGUCACUUUGCUGAUGAGUCCAUUCUCGCCCUUCUUCAGCGAGUAUACCUUUCAAAUUCUGAAAGUCAAGUUGAAUGAAAAAACUGGAUUUAUGGAAGACUCUGUUCAUUUCUGUCAAUUGCCCAAAGAAAUAUUUACGUGGCUUGAGUUCACCGGUGCCGAUGCUAUUGAAUUAUUCGUAUCUACGAUUGAAACGUGUAGAUCAAUUCGUGAUAAAGCACGAAUUCCUGUAAAAGCUUGUGCUAAAUCGCUAGUUUUGUAUUUGCCAACCGUAGAAAAAUUCGACCAGCUUCAAGCUUUUAGUUCAUACAUCAAAUCAGAACUUAACGCCUUCAAUUUGGAAAUAAAACUGUUGAAAAAAGUUGAUUUGAUUUACUCUCUUCAGCCUGUGCAACGUGUUUUAGGAAAAAAGCUAGGUACUAACUUCAAAGGCAUUGAAAAAGUCAUUAGCGAGCUCAGUCAAGAUGAUAUCGACCAAUAUUUAACCGAGAAAACGUUAGAAAUCGAGUAUAACGGCGAAACAUACGUCUUGACAGAGGAAGAUGUCACCAUAAAUAAGCACCCCAAAAACAUUCCGUUGGUUUCAGAAAAUAGUUAUAUCUGUAACGAUGAGUUGAUCGCUAUUUUCGACUUUACACAGUCAGAAGAACUCGUAAAAAUGAAUCUUUUGCGAGAAAUAGUGUCAGCAAUUCAAAAGUUACGCAAAGAUGGCAAUCUUUCAAUUGAAGACCAAGUUAAGACGGUCGUCGAGAUUGAAGGACAAAAGAAUUAUGAAUUUUUAGCAGCCUUAAGAAACGAGCUUGUCAACGCACUUCGCCGAGAUGUCGAAAUCGAACUUAAACACCAUAAAAACAAAAAUGUUACAAGUUUGGCCUCAACGGCUUUGAACUUUGAAGACUUUUCCAUAACUAUUAGUUUAUAUCGUUAG